UGUUAUUGUCGGCCCUUGCCUUGAUGGGAGCCAAAUUUUUUUUUAAUGCUAUGAUGAAGAUAGUUUCUCACAUUUCAGGCAAGCUCUAUUCUUUAUCUGGAGUUUUAGGGGUUUAGAUUCAUUCGGUUCUUUCCGAACUUGCUCUGAGCUUGUCUGAUCCCUUUUCAGUACCGUGGAAAGUUGGGGACUUUGUUUGAUUUUUUAAUUUUAAUAUGUGAUUGUUGAAGUUGGGACGCUCAUUUCUUCAAAUUAAGCUCUUUUGAACUGGGAUUUUCUGUUUAUCGUCAUUUCUUCAAGAAUGGGAUAGUUGCUUGAUUGAUGAGCUUAAUUGAGAACGAAAAAUGGAGCAUGUUGAGGAUAAAUCUACCGUUGAACAUAAGAGUAAAGAGCCAGAACUUGAUAAAGAGCAAGAGGGCUGCAGCACUAGAUCAGAAUCGUCAGGAUUGCGUGUAUCUACCGUUUCUGACUUGCUAGGAAGCUCCACCAACUCCGACGGAGAUCAAUUGCAAAAGGGUUUGUCAAACAGAUAUGUGAUGGCUCUGGGAAAUCAACAUGUCCCCCGUACAAAGGCUUAUUCUGUAACUGAUGUGGGGAAAGGGAACGCAGUUGAAGAAUCUACGAAGAGAGAUUUUAAGACUUCCAUCUUGGCUUCGGUUAGCAGCACAAAUGAUUGUGAGGCAAUCAAUCAUAGGCAGAAGGAUAUGUGGCAAAAUUUUUUUCGAUUGGCAGGGGGGAUAAGGAGUAGGAAUUUUUCUGGAGCAUCAGUUUCCGAGAAGCAGGGUGGAAUAUCAUUAAGUUCGAAGGAGAAGAAGGAAAUGGAGUCUGUGGGUAUUAAGGAGCUUAAACCUUUGAUGACAAAACAGAAGAAUAAAGUCCUAGGUGGAGUUUCCACUCGUUCUGCAGAUAAUUGUCGCUCGCACACUCAAAGCAAUCAACAGCCUGGUGGGGAUGAUCGUUCAAAAGUAUUACAAUCUUCUAGCUUUACUAAUUUCUUCAGGAAACAAUCUCGCGAGGAUAAGGCUGUUGAAUGUACAGAACCUGAAGUUCAUUACAGACCUCAUUCUGCAGCCAUGACGCAAUAUGAAAAACAAUUGAUUACUCUUAGCGCCCAUAAUUCUGGCGUGUUGGCGGACACAAAGGCUUCUCAAAGUCUGCCUCCGUUGCCUGAUAAGUAUCUGGUAGGACCUGUAGCAUCUCAUGGUAAGAUCACUUUGAGAGAUUGGCUAAGUUCUGGGGCUUCUGAGAUGAAGAAAGUUGAGAGGCUGCGCUUAUUUAAACUGAUUGUGGAGUUAGUGGAUUUAGCACACUGUGAAGGAAUUGGACUACUAGACUUGAGGCCAUCCAAAUUCAUUUUUGCCUCACCUGAUAGCAUUAAGUACACUGGUUCAUCAGUUCCAAUAGGAUUGAUGACCAUGGUGAACCAAGCUAUGACUAAGAAAAAGCCAUUGGAGCAGGAUGCCUAUGACCAGAGAGAAAUGCUUGUAAAGAAGCAAAAGCUUGGCAAGGACAUGGAAUCAAUGAGACAUGAAUCUCAAAUUUUUUCUGCCUAUUGCACAGUUAACGAAACUAUUGGGCCCAAGUCUGAAUUGGAACCUGAGGUGGUUCAAAUGGAAAAGAAGUGGUAUGCUUGUCCAGAGGAGCUUCAUAGCAGUGGCCUAUUGUCAUCAAAUAUUUACAAUCUAGGCAUUCUCCUAUUUGAGUUACUUUGCCAAUUCGCAUCACCGGAGUUGCAUUUCGCAGCCAUGUUGGAUUUGCGAGACCGAAUUCUACCUGCAAAUUUUCUUUCUGAAAAUCCAAAGGAAGCUGGUUUUUGCUUUUGGCUGCUUCAUCCUGAACCUUCGUGCCGUCCGACAACAAGGGAAAUCCUGCAAUCUGAAUCAAUUUAUAGUUCCGAGGAUGUCCUUGUGGGAGAUAAUGCACCAUCAAUGAUGGAGAAAGAAGAGGAUGUAGAAUCAGAGCUCUUACUUCAUUUUCUAGAUUCGCUUAAGGAACAAAGGCAGAAUCAUGUUUCAAGUUUACUGGAGAGUAUAAAAUGCUUAGAAACAGAUAUCAGAAAAAUUGGAAGCAGACAUGAACAAGAAUUUUACUCAGAUUGGAUGGACCAACGUUUAAGUGCUUCAAGGUCAAGUCUUGUUUCUAAAGAUAGGGAUGAUAUUGAAAUUCUUCCAAGAAUAUUCUCAUCAAGAAGUAUGAUUGAAGAAAAGUUAAAUUUGAUGAAAAACAUCAGCCAGCUGGAAAAUGCUUAUUUCUCUCUGAAAUCUCAGGCCCAAAUCACAGAGAAUUCUUCCUUGGAAAGAGCAGACAAGGCCUUAUUGAGUAUUCGUGAGAAGUGGUUUGAGGCUCAAGAUGCAAAUAAAGACCCAAACAUGGAAGAAAAACUGAUUGAUCGAGUUGGAGUCUUCUUUGAAGGCAUUUGUAGAUUUGCUCGCUAUAGUACCUUUCAAGUGUGUGGAACAAAGUGGAACGCUGAUUUUCUAAACUCUGCAAAUGUCAUUUGCUCUUUGAGUUUUGAUCGGGAUGAGGAGUAUAUUGCUGCUGCAGGGGUCUCAAAGAAAAUCAAAAUCUUUGAGUUUGGUUCACUUCUGGAUGACCCUGUUGACAUUCAGUAUCCUAUGGUUGAGAUGUCAAACAGAUCUAAGCUUAGUUGUGUUUGCUGGAACCAAUAUAUCCAGCACUUUUUGGCUUCUACAGAUUAUGAUGGUAUAGUGCAGAUCUGGGAUGCAAGCAAUGGUCAAUGCUUUGCUCAAUACAUUGAGCACCAGAAGAGGGCUUGGUCUGUUGACUUUUCUUGUGUGGAUCCAGCAAAGUUUGCCAGUGGAAGUGAUGAUUGUUCUGUGAAAUUGUGGAGCAUCAAUGACAGAAACUCUAUUGGAACAAUAUGGAAUCCUGCCAAUGUUUGCUGUGUUCAAUUCUCUACUUGCUCGUCAUAUAUUUUGGCUUUUGGUUCUGCUGAUUACAAGAUCUACUGUUAUGAUCUUCGACACACAAGAAUUCCUUGGUGUGCAUUAGCUGGCCAUGGAAAGGCAGUUAGCUAUGUGAAGUUCAUGGAUUCAGAAACUCUUGUUUCUGCAUCCACGGAUAACACCUUGAAGCUUUGGGACCUCAAGAACACUACCAUUGAGGGUUCUAUUUCGAAUGCUUGCAGCUUGACCUUUAGUGGACAUACUAAUGAGAAGAAUUUUGUUGGUUUAUCUGUUUUAGAUGGAUAUAUAGCAUGUGGUUCUGAAACUAAUGAGGUUUUUGCGUAUUACAGAUCUCUGCCAAUGCCGAUUGCUUCUCAUAAGUUUGGGUCCUUUGAUCCUAUAUCUGGUCAUGAACUUGAUGAGAGCAAUGGGCAGUUUGUUUCAAGUGUUUGCUUUAGAAGAAAAUCUAACAUAGUUGUUGCUGCAAACUCAAGUGGUAGUAUAAAGCUAUUGCAAAUGGUCUGAGAAAGCUCCAUUCUACCAUGAACAUUUGAAUCACAGUUUUCUGAUCACAUGAUUCUCGGCAAAUUGCUGCUAUUUUGGAACUGGCACUCACCUUUAGCAGUUCACAUGAGUUCUUCAUGGUUAGCUCCGCUUAAAGUUUCAGGACUUGUAUUGUUGAAGCUGUUUGCAUACUCGUUCAGGUAAAAGGUGAACUGCUUGUAAAGCUUGAGCAUUUAUAGAAUCCCCAUUUCAUAUUCUCUGAAGAUUGGUGAAGAGAUGUGAGAUAUGCUCCUUAUCAAAAUAAGCUCGGACAAGUUAUUGAAGUGUGAUACCAUGGCCUUUGUGCAGUGAUAAAAUGAAGCUGACAGCAGUUCAACUUGCUUGGAGCAGUUCUUUCAAGUUCAA